UUCAGUGGAGAUCGGUUCUGGAGGUAUAACGAGACUUCUCGCAUGGUUGAUUCUGGUUACCCAAGACGAAUUGAACUCUUUAGAGGAGUUCCUCCCAAUUUGGAUUCUGCAAUGACUUGGUCUGAUGGUACUACAUAUUUCUUCAAAAACAAUUUGUACUGGGCUUUCAACAACACUUGGCUGAAAACUGAACCGUUCUAUCCUCAACAAGCUGCAGAGUAUUGGUUAGGCUGCCAUUGAUUUGGUACAGUAGCUUUGAUAGGUUAAAAUUAACAUUGCUGUGAUACGUAUAUAUGUAUAUAUUCAUUUUAUGUUAUAUUAAAAGAAAGUUAUUUUCUA